CUCUCUGAAUCUCUCUCCAAGGAAAUGCAAUUGUUUUUUGUUUUGUUUUGUUUUUUCUUACACUACAACUCAGAGCUAUAUUUGAUUUGAGUAUUUUCUCUGAAAUCUGACUUCAUGGAUUCCUUUUUAGGCUUGAGAUUUUCAGAAGUAUGCACAAUUACUCCAAACAACAUUCUCUUCAAUUCUUGAGUUUCUGCAUGAUGAGAUAGAACUUCUACUAGCACUUGCUGAAAGUUAUGGUUUCCAACAGCUCUCAUAUGCAAGGAGAAAAGCCACCAUGCUUUAGCAGAUGAACUCAUUUCUCCCAAUCCUGAAUCCCUGGAAGAAAAAUUUCUAGACAAAUAUACCCCGGAUAUUUGGAAUCUUGCAAGAAAUGUGAAGAUGGAGCCCUGCAAAGUAGCCAAGAGGAGACCAUGAAUAUCCUCGUGGGAUUGUUCAAAAUUGCCAAGAAAAAUGUGCUUGGGAGUUGGCAAUCUGUGUGUUCUAAAUUUGAGUUUUUAAUAGCCUCUCCUUCUGCAGCACGAGCACAUAUCCUUGGGGUUGCCCUUCCUGGGUCACCAAAGAAGCAGCGAGUCUCUCCAAUGUACCAUGGCAGCCUUUUCUCACUCUAUCUCUGUCUCCAGGUUGCAGGGGCAUUCCAAAUCCAAGGGCCCCAUGAGCCUGUGGUGGCUGUGCUAGGUGGUGAAGCAGAGCUGCCUUGCUUUCUCUCAUCUCAUCAGAGUGCUGAGAACAUGCAGAUAAGCUGGUCCCGCUCCCUGUCCUCCCAGAUUGUACACCUGUACAAGGAUGGGAGCAGUCAGCCUGGGGAAGUCAUGGAGGAGUACUCAGGGAGGACAAAGCUUGUGAGAGAUGCUAUCAGUAAAGGCAUUGUGGUCCUUAGAAUCCUUAACAUCCAAACCUUUGAUGAUGGACAGUAUUACUGUGGGUUCCAGCAUGGCUCCUUCUACAGUGAUACAUUGAUCGAACUGAAAGUGGCAGCUCUAGGCUCAGCUCCUCACUUCCACAUGGAGGUUACUGAGACCAGAGAAACCCAAUUGGAGUGCAAGUCAGAAGGCUGGUUCCCUAAGCCGAAGGUCCAGUGGAUAAAUUCUCAAGGAGAGGAAAUUCCACCUGUGUCUGAGUUUCAGACCCAGGACCAAGAUGGCCUGUUCCACGUAACCACAUUUCUCCUAUUCAGAGAUUCUGCGAAGGCAAACACGACAUGUUCCAUCUGGAACCCGAUCCUAAAUCAGAAAAAGGAAGGGCAAGUGUCCAUAGCAGUUGCGGAGCCCUUCAUUUUCCAUCAACUCAUAACAGGAGGCACUAUUUUUCUAUCUCUUUUGAUAUUGUCUGCUGUCAUAGCCAUUGGACUUCACUUAUAUAAAAAGAGACAAGGAGCAAGGAAAGUCCCUCUAACCAGACCAUCAGCCAAGAGGGUUGAAGAGGCAGAGGAAAACGAGGCAUAUGAACAUAUAUUGACAUCAGCAAAUCCCUGAAAGGAACCCAAGGAAGGACCAGACAAAGACAUACAUAUGACCCACUCCAGAGCUCAAGACCAGGACCAGGACCAUGCAGGAGUCCAGGCCUAGGUCAGGCCCAGGAUGUUCAACAUCUCUAGCAAUUAGAGAAAUGCAAAUCAAAACUACUCUAAGGUUUCAUCUCACUCCAGUCAGAAUGGCAGCUAUUAAGAAUACAAACAACAAUAACUGUUGGUGAGGAUGUGGGGGAAAAGUUACACUCAUACAUUGCUGGUGAGACUGCAAAUUUGUGCAACCAAUCUGGAAAGCAGUAUGGAGAGUCCUUGGAAAACCUGGAAUGAAACCACCAUUUCACCCAGUUAUCCCACUCCUUGGUUCAUACCCAAAGGAUUUAAAAACAGCACACUACAGAGACACAGCCACAUCAAUGUUUAUAGCAGUACAAUUCACAAUAGCUAAACUGUGGAACCAACCAAGAUACCCUUCAGGGGAUGAGUGAAUAAAGAAACUGUGAUAUAGGGCUGGGGUUGUAACUUAGUGGUAGAGCUCUUGCCUACCAAGCAUGAGGCACUGGAUUCAAUCCCUGGCACCACAUAAAAAUAAAAUAAAAGAUAAUAAAGGA